GUUGACGAUGAAUUUCUAUAUGUUAAUGGUAAUUUUAAGUCAACAAGGGAAGCAACAAAUGCCAGGAAUAAAUCUGUAGAUCUCUUGCAAAAAGAUACAGAUGUUUUGGAGCCAAUGGUGAAUAACAGGAAAGAAUGUAAUAAAAAAGAAAAAGAGAUCAAUUUGGUCAUGGAAGAGAAAGAUAAAUACAUUCUGGAUAUGGAACAAAGUAUCACAACUCUGUUGGAAGAGAAAAAUGUCUUGUCCGGGGAAGUGAGGCAUAAAGAUAAAACACUGAAAGAUCUCAGAGAUGAGAUCUCCAUGUUCCAGCAGAUGCUAGCAGUGAAGGAUGAACUCAUCAUGAGCCUAACUAACCAAAUUCAAAAAUUAAGCAAUGACUGCAGCCUUGACAUAGGUAACCAAGAUGAAAGCACUGGAUACUGUAUUCCAUUUCAAAACUGUCCAACAUUUCUAACAGUUGAAAAGAAGGAAUUUGAGAGAUUAAGUGAUAUGUGUAAAGCUUAUGAGGACCAGAAUAAAUUUAUAACCAAUGAAAUUCUGGAGCUCAACGCUCUGAGACAAGAUGAUGAGGUCAGAGAAAGUUUACUCAUGAUAAAGAUUGCCAGGCUUGAGGCUCAGUACUAUCAAACAAGGAGCAAGUAUCUCUAUCUGCUAAAUAAGUUACAAAUGCCAAAACAAG